AAAUAUUCAACCAGGGAAUAAAUCAAGUGCAACUGCAUGCGCUGCAGAAGCAAGCAAAAAUAAAGCAAUUGAACCGCAAAAGUGAGAGAGUAACUGCAAAUAGUUUCGCCUGUGUGCGUGAGUGAGUGAGUGGUCCGAAUCAGACGGUGAAAAUAAUCGUGGCAAAAGCAAAAGCGACGGCGACAUUUUAUACACGUAUCAGAAGCAAACUCAACGUGUUUUGAGAACGUUGUACUGAACGCGUUGUGGCUGUCGCAUACAUAUAUAUAUGUACAAAUAUCUUCAUACGCAUACAUACAAACCAUUAGAAGUUUGAGUGAUCAUUUACGUACAUACAUACAAACAUAUACAUACUUAUGAAUGUAGAUGCGGGCGCGAAAUUAAGACGCAUACUAAAUAUUUAAAACGCAAUUGAAAGCACAACGUCGUUAACUUUAAAGAUUUGUCAGCUAACUACGUAGAGCAUCCGCAUACGCAUCACGCAUCCCGAGCAUUGCCAUCAAGAACGCAACUGUACCGCUUGGAUUGGCCGCACAAGGACAUAUUCAAUUGAGAAACUGACAUCAAAAAAUUUGCUCACCCAACCCGCUCAUCGCUAACUGCGUUUUAGUUAGUGUGCCUGUGUGUGUGUGUGUGUCAGUUGGUGUGGGUGUGGGUGUCCGUGUCGGUGUGUGUGUGUGCGUACCUCUCUAUAUCGCUCCGUCUCUCAACCGCUUGGCUUGCCACAGUAAAGCUUGGCAACAUGUUCAUCGAAGAUGAUGCGCAAAUGGAUAGCUUCUGGGUGCAGAGCGCACUGGGCGCCAUCAAGGCGCUGGCGUUCGUCUAUGAUAUAAUAACGCUGCCGGUCUAUUUGGUAAUGCAGGCGCCAUGGAAACGUCGACAGGACUCGCGGCGUGUCAAGGCAAAGAUUAUCAAGAGCGAUGAAACCGAGCUGACGUACCGCACCACGGAGCCGCCGCGCGAGGUCCAUGUGAAGAUGCUGCAGGAGAACAUUGAUACGCUCGAGAAGGUCUUCAACUAUGUGGCCAAGACACACUCGACCAAACGCUGUCUGGGCACUCGUCAGAUACUCAGCGAAGAGGACGAAACACAGCCCAACGGACGCGUCUUCAAGAAGUACAACAUGGGCGACUACAAGUGGAAGAACUUCAUCGAGGCGGAGCGUAUGGCCGCGAGCUUCGGACGUGGACUUCGCGAACUGGGCCAGGCGCCACGGGAAAAUAUUGUCAUCUUCGCUGAGACGCGCGCCGAGUGGUUGAUAGCUGCCCAUGGCUGCUUCAAGCAGGCCAUGUCCAUCGUUACCGUCUAUGCAACGCUGGGCGAUGACGGUGUGGCCCACUGCAUAAGUGAAACUGAAGUUACAACUGUUAUCACCUCGCACGAUCUGUUGCCAAAGUUCAAGACCCUGCUGGACAAGUGCCCGAAGGUGAACACCAUCAUCUAUAUGGAGGAUCAGUUGCAUAAGACCGAAACAACCGGCUUCAAGGAAGGCGUUAAAAUCCUGCCGUUCGCUCAAGUUGUGAAAAUUGGCAACGAUAGCAAAUUUGAGAAUGUGCCACCAAAGGCCGAGGACACUGCCAUCAUUAUGUACACUUCCGGCUCGACGGGCACGCCGAAGGGUGUCCUGCUGUCGCAUAAGAAUUGCAUUGCCACAAUGAAGGGCUUCUGCGACAUGGUUACCAUUUAUCCGGAAGACGUGUUGAUUGGCUUCUUGCCGCUGGCGCACGUGUUCGAGCUGGUGGCUGAGAGUGUUUGCCUGAUGACGGGCAUCUCCAUUGGCUAUUCGACGCCGCUGACGCUUAUCGAUACCAGCAGCAAGAUUAAGCGGGGCUGCAAGGGCGACGCAUCGGUGUUGAAGCCCACAUGCAUGACGUCAGUGCCGCUGAUACUCGAUCGCAUCUCCAAGGGCAUCAACGACAAGGUCAACUCGGGCUCACCAUUCAGGAAGGCGCUCUUCAAAUUCCUCUACCAGUACAAAGUCAAAUGGGUACAGCGCGGAUAUCGGACGCCGCUAAUUGACAAGUUGGUCUUUGAGAAGGUGGCCAAGCUGAUGGGCGGCAAGGUGCGCAUUAUUAUGUCCGGCGGUGCGCCGCUUUCGGCCGACACGCACGAGCAGAUCAAGACGUGCCUGUGCGUCGAUCUAAUACAAGGCUACGGACUGACAGAGACCACGUCCGGGGCCACAGUGAUGGAUGCCCGAGACAUGACCUAUGGCCGCACUGGAGGACCGCUGACUGUGUGUGACAUUCGGUUGGUCAACUGGGAGGAGGGCAAUUACCGUGUUACCAACAAACCCUAUCCACAGGGCGAAGUUGUGAUUGGUGGCGAUUGUGUGUCGCAAGGUUACUAUAAACUGCCUGCAAAGACCAAUGAGGACUUUUUCGAAGAGGAUGGUCGCCGUUGGUUCAAAACCGGCGACAUUGGCGAAGUGCACUCAGAUGGCGUACUUAAGAUUAUUGAUCGUAAGAAGGAUUUGGUUAAGCUUCAGGCUGGUGAAUAUGUCUCCCUGGGUAAAGUUGAGUCAGAGUUGAAGACAUGCGGCAUUAUCGAGAACAUCUGUGUCUAUGGCGAUCCAACAAAACAAUUUACCGUCGCGCUGGUCGUGCCGAAUCAGAAACAUCUGGAAGAAUUGGCCGAACGGAAUGGACUAAAAAACAAAACGUUCGAGGAGUUGUGCUCAUCGCCAAUCAUGGAGAAGGCCAUACUCAAGGAAAUUAGCGAACAUGCGCGGAAAUGCAAAUUGCAGAAAUACGAGGUGCCCGCUGCCAUUACGCUGUGCAAGGAAGUUUGGUCGCCAGAUAUGGGGUUAGUGACGGCUGCUUUUAAGCUGAAGCGCAAGGACAUCCAGGACAAAUAUCAGCACGACAUUAAUCGCAUGUACGCUUCAUGAAAGUCAAUGUAUUGAGGAUCAGGAGCAGCAGUGAAGCUAAUUGUGUACUAAAUAUUAUAACAAUUGUUUUAGUAUAGCUCAAAAGGAAACAUGCGUUAUUCAAAACCAAACUAGCUUAAGUACUAAAAGAUCUAAAAACCAAAUAGGCACACAUCAACAGCUUCGCCUGUAAAGAGAACAUUUGUAUUAAGAAAUUGGUUGAUUUUAUGUGCUAUUAUUCUUUGCUUUUCUAUAUUAUAAUAUAAAUAAAAAACUAUGUAUCGAGUUUUUA